AUGCCGGUGGAUAUGAAGGUGUAUGGGAGAAGGGCGUUGGAUGGCAAUGAUUUGAACUUCACGAGGCGGUUGUAUUCUCCGUUGAUUGAGAAGGCGGUUCAUAAGGAGCUCGUGAUUAAGUUCGGAGAUGGUAUCGAUUUGGAACAGCUCACCACCGAGCAGAUAGAGUACAAGCUCGAGAGGAUGGCCCACUAUCGUAGGGAUGUGAAGAUACCGUCGAUGACGACCCCUUUGCCGGAGCCGAAGACCUUGUGGGAGAUAGUGGACUUUGCGUUGGACAACCAGGCUUAUGCUUGUCAAGCUGUAUAUGAGCUUUUCGAGCAGUUGAAAGUACAGACAAAGUUCCCCCUGCUAAUUGUUUGCGACGAGUGGUGUGAGGCUUUCCCUGUGUCGCACUAUGUGUCUAUGAGGUAUGACAACACGAUCUACAACGGUUACAUUCCGGCUUACCAUCUUACGAUGUCUAGGCUGUUCUCGAAGUGGGACGGGGAAGAGUAUAAACGUGGUGUUAAACUGUAUGGGACAUCAUGGCGGUUUAGAAAUCGGAGAGACUAUCGACCAGAGUUGUGUGGGGUGAGGGACGAUGAAAUUAAAACAGUGCGCAACUUUAGCAAGCACGAAUUUGCGAAUUAUGUCGGCUAUUAUCGGCUGAUGAACAUCUUGUUCAACUUCCCCAGAGACAAACUCGAGUAUUUCUAUAUGCUUUCUCAAGGGAAUGGCUUCCAGGCUCGACGUUUGCUUAUCACGCUGUAUUGA